AUGAAGCCGUCAACAUCAAUUUUAUCAAAGAUUCCCCUAUCAGUACGAUUAAGCUUACAACAUCUCAGACAAUCGCAUAAUGAAGCGACACUUGGACAAGACAAAUCAACAGGUGGCAUUAAUUUUGAAUUGAGCGCCGAACAGAAAGAAAUGCAGCAAUUAGCACGCAAAUUUGCUCGAGAAGAAAUUAUUCCGCAUGCAGCGCAUUAUGAUAAAACCGGAGAGUAUCCGUGGCCAAUUGUGAAAAAGGCUCAUGCACUUGGCUUGAUGAACACACAUAUUCCAACAAAAUAUGGUGGUUUGGGCCUUGGCAUUCUUGAUACAUGUGUCAUUACCGAAGAAUUAGCUUACGGUUGUACUGGUGUCCAAACGGCAAUCGAAGCUAACUCACUUGGAAUGGCGCCCGUCAUUGUUGCUGGCAAUGAUGAACAAAAGAAACGAUUUUUGUCACGCAUGAUCGAAGAGCCAUUGAUGUGUGGAUAUUGUGUAACAGAACCCGUUGCUGGUUCAGAUGUUGCCGGUAUAAAAACCAAAGCCGAAAAGAAAGGCGAUGAAUACAUCGUCAAUGGACAAAAAAUGUGGAUUACUAACGGAGGUGUGGCCAAUUGGUUCUUUCUCUUGGCUCGUACCAAUCCUGAUCCAAAAGCACCAGCAAGCAAGGCAUUUACGGCAUUCGCUAUUGAAGCUGAUAGUCCAGGUUUAACGCGCGGUCGGAAAGAAUGGAAUAUGGGCCAACGAGCAUCUGAUACUCGUGGUCUUACAUUCGAAGAUAUGCGCGUACCUGCUGCUAAUGUUCUCGGUAAAGAAGGUGAUGGUUUCAAAGUUGCUAUGUUAGUUUUUGAUAAAACUCGUCCACCGGUUGCUGCUGGCGCUCUUGGUCUUGCCCGUCGUGCGCUGGAUGAAGCGACACAAUAUUCAUUACAACGCAAGACAAUGGGUAAAUAUAUAGCUGAACAUCAAGCGGUCUCCUUCAUGCUUGCUGAGAUGGCAAUUGGCAUCGAAGCAGCACGCUUAGUUACAUAUUUGUCCGCUUGGCAUGUCGACAAAGGUGAUAAAAACACGUACUAUGCAUCGAUUGCCAAAGCUUUAGCAGCGGAUGUUGCAAACAAGGCAGCUACCGAUGCUGUUCAAAUCUUCGGUGGUAAUGGAUUCAAUAGUGAAUAUCCCGUUGAAAAGCUUAUGCGUGAUGCCAAAAUCUUCCAAAUUUACGAAGGUACUGCACAAAUUCAACGUUUAAUCAUAUCUCGUGAAAUCAUGUCACGUGCUAAAUCAGUAGCUCAAUAG